CCUGCGGACGUGCAACAAGUGAUUCCCGGUGAUUUAUCAAUUCAUUUCAUCCCUUCUGCAAGUGAGAGCAGUCGUCUUCUAGAUUGCAAGCAGGUUUUAUAUCACGUGUUUAGGCAGUGUAUGAUCCGCGGCGCCAGCAGAGAGGAAUCAGAGAUGAUGAACAACGCUAGGAGAGCCGCUGCGCAAGCCUCAGACCCUCUGGAGAAGCUGAGGUUGUUAUGUCUGGCGCGAGGGUCAUCAGGAAUACUCUCAAUUGGAAGGUUAUUCCGGCGGAUGGAUGAUGACGGAAAUAAAGCUCUGAACCUGGAGGAGUUCACGGAAGGAAUGAACGACACGGGAAUGGAUUUGACAACUGAACAGAUUGAGGCCCUGUUCAAAAGAUUUGAUGCAGACAACAGUGGCAGCAUAAACAUGGACGAGUUCUUAGUAUCCUUAAGGCCCCCAAUGAGCAAUACUCGUGUGAAGGCCGUACAAGAAGCAUUCAAGAAGUUGGACAAGACAGGCGACGGAGUCAUAUCCAUUGACGACCUCAAGCACACGUACUCGGUCAAGUCACACCCGAAAUACCUCAGUGGAGAGGAAACUGAGGAGCAAAUAUUGAAAAAGUUCCUAUUGACUUUCGAGAAGGACGGAGAUGGGAGGGUAACCCAAGAAGAGUUCCUCAACUACUAUUCUGGAAUUAGUGCCUCCAUUGACCAUGAUGCCUACUUCGAUCUCAUGAUUCGUCAGGCUUACAAGCUUUAAAGAAUCUACCAUCGUCUCUCGCUUCGAUUUAUAACCUGCCAUGUUACGUUUAGAAAUAUAUUCGCUAUUUAUUUUUGUGUACAGUGUUUUGCAUAUAAAGUUGUCUU